AUGCUCCAAGCAGACCGAGAGUUCCAGGUGCAAGGGGUCAAUUUCAUCCACGCAGCAUUCCUCACUUUUGAUGAAUGCAAGCGAGACCAAGGGCUCGUGGAAGACAUUGUCAAGGUCUUUGUUGGUGGUGGCUGGCUCCCUUUGCGGAGAAACCACGAAGCAGAGACAAGAUACGGGCAUUGGCCCAACACUGGCAAAGUCUGGGCUAUGAAUGUCGGGGAUAUCCCCAAGGUGCCAACGGCGGAAGAGGUUUCUCAUCGAAGGAGGUUCCGUUGCACCUACAUGCGGUCCAAGUUCACCGCGAACCACGAUGAGGUGGACGUCGCCAAGAGUCUUCCAAGCAGACGAACAUGCUUGCAGAAGGACACGCAGUGGCUCCUCCGCAAAAUGAGUCGCUCUGAUGACAGCCUGCGUCCAGACCAAGACCUGCCUUGCGGGCCGGCGGCUCCGCAGCCAGCUGACGUCAACAGAAUCGCUUUGGCUUCCAAUCCUGGCGCAGCUCCCCCAAACCGGGCUGGCAAGAAGCUGAGAGUGGAGUGCCUCAAGGAAGCUUUGCCCGCAUGUCCACAUCUCAUUCGCGCGGUGGAUGGCGUUGUUCGAGGUGGCAGCCAGACGGGUCGCUUUGAGCGCAGGUGCCUUGACCCCAACAAGUGGCACCGCUGCCUAGAAACAUCUGUGGGAGAGACGCGUGUCCAAGAAGUCGCCGGUACUUGGGCAGACUGGGCUUGGCCUUCAGCCGCGGAGACUUCCAAUGCGGAUGACUUUGAUGAACCAAUCGGCUUCCCCCAGGGAGACUCUUGGACCAUCUCUUGCAGAGUCAAUGUGGACGGCCUGCAAAAUUUUGGGACCGCUGCGCCCGGAGUCAAAGGACAACAUGCCACGCAAGUGGCCGAACAGUGUGCAAGAGAUGGCCGCGACGAGGGCGCUGGCAUCAUGGUUGUUCCAUGCGCCGGUCAUCAAAAAAAGGUUGCCGGAGAAUCUCUUGGGAGAGCCUUCUUCCCAUGGGUGAGUUUCCCAAGUCUGUCUCGGGCCGCAAGGAAUUGCGGUAGCCCUCCGGGAACAAAGGAGCUCGACAUGCCAAAUGCCGUGGUGCACUUUGCUUUGGACUUUGCCCGUCAGUAUGGGCUGGACUUGCCACGCUUUCGCCGCUACUACGCUUUCAAAGCGGAGUGGCGCAAAGUGGUCAUGAGCUGGUUCUCUUUGCCCGAACAUGAUGCCAAGAAAGCCCUUUUGAUGGCCUGCUUCGGCUUUGCUUUUCCAUCGCGGGCAACGGGGCUCCCCGUCGCCUGCCAUUGCUGGAAGUUUUAG